AUAGCUGUGAGCGCCAGACACAAGGAUGAAGUUGCCUGGGAGCUCUACGUAAAUAUUUUGACCCUGACCUCGAUUUCUACACAUACUGCAUCCAAUAUGAAGACUUCUACUGUACGAUGCUAAUAUAUGAAGAGAAAAAUAAAUAAAGGAAACCUGAAAUAAAUUAAAAGCCUAAAAACAGACAACAGACACCGAUGUGACUGCAGAUCAACGAGACCAAUGUGAAGAGGUUUCUUGUUUAAAUGAACGCUUCUGCUUAGUGGGAUGCACAUCAAUGUGUUGCCGUACUCGCUCUCCGUCGUAAUGGCCGCUCUAUAUCAGGGCACGGACACCUCCUCUCCAGAUAAAUAUCUGGCGCUCAAAGACGUGAGAGAGGUGAAGGAAGAGACGACUCUAGACGAGAAACUAUUUUUGCUGGCCUGCGAGAAAGGUGAUUACUACAUGGUGAAGAAGCUGCUGGAGGAGAAGAGACACGGCGAGCUGAACAUUAACUGCGUGGACGUGCUGGGCCGUGAUGCCGUCACCAUCGCCAUCGAGAACGAGAACCUAGACAUCUUACAGCUUCUGCUGGAACAUGGCUGCCAGGCAACUGAUGCACUGUUAGUUGCCAUUGACUCGGAGGUUGUUGGAGCUGUGGACAUCCUGCUCAACCAUCGCCCACGGAGGUCCUCCAAGCCCUCCAUUGCGAAACUGAUGCAGCGCAUCCAGAACCCGGAGUACUCCACCACCAUGGACGUGGCCCCCGUCAUCUUGGCGGCCCAUCGGAACAACUACGAGAUCCUGACCAUGCUGCUGAAGCAGGACAUCUCUCUGCCCCGGCCGCACGCCGUGGGCUGUGAGUGCACCCUCUGCAAUGCCAAGAACAAAAAGGACAGCCUGCGCCACUCCAGGUUUCGCCUGGAUAUCUACCGCUGCCUGGCGAGCCCCUCCCUCAUCAUGCUGACAGAGGAAGACCCCAUUCUGAGGGCCUUUGAGCUGAGCGCUGACCUGAAGGAGCUAAGCCUAGUGGAGGUGGAGUUCAGGAACGACUAUGAGGAGCUAGCCAAGCAGUGCAAGAUGUUCGCCAAGGACCUCCUGGCGCAGGCGCGAAACUCGCGGGAGCUGGAGGUCAUCCUGAAUCACACGUCCAGCGACGACCACGUGGACAAGAGGGGACUGCUGGAGGAGCGCAUGAACCUCAGCCGGCUGAAAUUGGCCAUCAAGUACAAUCAGAAAGAGUUCGUGGCCCAGUCCAAUUGCCAGCAGUUCCUCAACACGGUGUGGUUCGGCGAGACGGCCAGCUACCGGCGCAAGCACACGUGCCUGAAGAUGCUGACGGUGCUGACGGUGGCGGUGCUGUGGCCGCUGCUGUCUGUCUGCUACCUGCUGGUGCCCCGCUCACGCGUGGGCCAGGUCAUCCACACGCCCUUCGUCAAGUUCAUCAUCCACAGCGCCUCCUACUUCACCUUCCUGCUCCUGCUCAACCUCUACUCGCUGGUCUACAACGAGGGCAAGAAGAACACCAUGGGCCCCGCCCUGGAGAUGAUCGACUACCUGCUCAUCAUGUGGAUUGUCGGAAUGGUGUGGUCGGACGUGAAGCGGCUCUGGUACGAGGGGCUGGAGGAUUUCCUGGAGGAGUCACGGAACCAGCUGAGCUUCGUCAUGAACUCCCUCUACCUGGCAACCUUCGCACUCAAAGUGGUGGCACACAGCAAGUUCAAAAAUGUGGAGGACACAGAGAGAAAGAACUGGGACGCGUUCCACCCCAUCCUGGUGGCAGAGGGGCUGUUCGCCUUCGCUAAUGUGCUGAGUUACCUACGCCUCUUCUUCAUGUACACCACCAGUUCCAUCCUGGGGCCCUUACAGAUAUCGAUGGGCCAGAUGCUGCAGGAGUUUGGGAAGUUCCUGGGCCUGUUCCUCUUGGUGCUUAUCUCCUUCACCAUUGGGCUGACCCAGCUCUACGGGAAAGACGAGAAGGACCCUGCCAAGAGCACGGGCAAGGACUGCGAGGGCAUCUUCUGCCAGGAGCAGAGCAACGAUGCCUUCCACACGUUCAUAGGCACCUGCUACACCCUCUUCUGGUACAUCUUCUCCCUGGCCCACGUGGCACUCUUCAUCACCAGGAUCAGCUAUAACGAGGAGCUGCGAUCGUUUGUGGGCACGGUCAUCGUUGGCACCUACAACAUUGUGGUGGUCAUCGUCCUCACCAAGCUGCUGGUAGCUAUGCUGCACAAGAGCUUCCGACAGAUUGCUAACCAUGAGGACAAGGAAUGGAAGUUUGCCCGUGCGAAGCUGUGGCUGAGCUAUUUCGACGACAAGUGUACUCUACCGCCCCCCUUCAACAUCCUCCCCUCCCCCAAGACCGUCUGCUACCUGGUGACCAGCCUGAGCAAAUGGAUCUGCUCCCACACCUCCACCGGCAAAGUCAAGAGACAGAACAGUCUGAGGGAGUGGAGGAACCUGAAACAGAAGCGGGACGAGAACUAUCAGAAGAUCAUGUGCUGUCUGGUCCACCGCUACCUGACCUCCACCAGGCAAAAGAUGCAGAGCACGGACCAAGCCACCGUGGAGAACCUCAACGAUCUCCGGCAGGACCUCUCCAAAUUCCGCAACGAGAUGAGGGACUUGCUGGGCUUCCGCACCUCCAAGUAUGCCAUGUUUUACCCCAGAAGUUAAGUGCCCGCCUCUCUGUAUGUGGCUAGGAUUGACAUAGCAUGCACGGAAACUUCCACGGCCCUUACUCAGGAGCUCAGAGGGACGUCUGAACAGCUGGGAAAAUGACUGGAACAAGUAUUCUGUACUAAUGUUUCAAAAUUCAGGCUUUGUAUAAUAUGCUCUCAUCUUACUUGUUUUCUAAA